GUGCAAAAUUUGUCAGGAGGUGAACUGCAACGUGUUGCGUUGGUGCUGUGCUUGGGUAAAGUGGCGGAUGUUUAUUUAAUUGAUGAGCCAAGUGCUUAUCUGGAUUCUGAACAACGUCUUCAUGCGGCCAAAGUUAUCAAGAGAUUUAUUUUGCACGCAAAGAAGACCGCGUUCGUUGUUGAGCACGAUUUCAUCAUGGCCACUUACUUGGCUGAUCGAGUGAUUAUGUUCGAUGGUGUUCCAUCGAAACAUGCCACUGCAAAUUCACCGCAAUCGUUGCUGGCCGGAAUGAAUCGUUUCUUAAAACUAUUGGAUAUAUCGUUCCGUCGUGACAAAGACAACUAUCGACCACGAAUCAACAAGAAGGAUUCUGUGAAGGAUCUUGAGCAGAAGAAAAGUGGCAAUUACUUCUUCCUUGAUGACGAUUAG